UGUGUGUGUGUGUAAGUAUCUUGCCGCACCAAAAAAAAAAAAAUCAGAUCAAAAAGGAAAAAAAGUGAAAAAGAAAAUAAAAUGCAAGCUAACAACAAUAAAAAGAGUGAAAAUGCUAUGCUAUGAUCCACACUUAGUUCCCACAGUCCUCUCUCUGGGUGUAGAUGACUCUCUCCAUCACAAGAUCAUUGGAACUGACCUGAAUCAUUUCAUUAUUGAAAAGAGCCACUUCCUUGAGAAUUGAUAAUUGUAUAAUCGUAUGAACUAUCUCCUGGUUCUGCUCAUUUCACUCAGCAUCAAUUCAUGUCAGUCUCUUCAGGCCUCUCUGAAAUCACCCUGCUGAUUGUUUCUUACAGAACAAUAAUAUUCCAUAACAUUCAUCCACCCUAACUUAUCCAUCCAUUCCCCCACUGAUGGGCACCCAACUCAGCCACUUUUGAAAGUAGAGCCCUAGGAAUAUUAUUAAUACCUCUUCACCUAAACAAUUCACAAUUAAUUCUUCAGAAGAUCAUUGGCUUGUAAAGGAGAGGAUCUGGCUCAGUUGCAGCUUUACCAUUGGUUGAGGCAAUCAGAGAGAGUCGAGUUGAUAACGCAGGUAAGGAGGUGUUGACACUUAAGCAGGUGUGAACUCCAGGUGAUACCUUGCCAAAGUGUGAAGCUUUUUCCUUGGGUGAACUGAUGUCAUCUACAAGCCUUGGCAGGGUAUAUAUAAAGAGUUUUUCUCGGAAGGCAUUUCCAGACAAAGACUUCAAGCCGGGAACCUGCUGGCGCUCAAGGAGAAAGAACGAGAAAGGAGGAGAAAGGAGAAAGGAGAAAGGAGAAAGGAGAAAGGAGAAAGGAGAAAGGAAAAAGGAGAAAGGAGAAAGGAAAAAGGAGAAAGGAGGAGAAAGGAAAAAGGAGGGAAUUUCUCUUGAUCCUUCCCUGUCCGCAGCGGUCUUGUUGCACUGAAAGGAAGCGAUUAGCCCAAGAUGGACAAUAGCCCAGUGAACGACGCCCAACACACCCAGGGCACGGACCUGCAGUACUUGGUGGAGAAGAUCAUCCAGAUUCGAAUUUACGAGUCCAAGUACUGGAAGGAGGAGUGCUGCGGGCUCACGGAGGAGCUGCUCACGGAGAGAGCCGCGGACCUGACGUCUGUGGGGGGGGUCUUUGGCCCCAACAGCCAGCCCACCCCGUUCCUCUGCCUCGCCUUGAAGAUGCUUCAGAUGCAGCCCCACAAAGUCGUCGUCAUCGAAUUCAUUAGAAAUGAAGAUUUCGAGUACGCCCGCGUGCUGGGGGCCUUGUACAUGAGGCUGACGGGCACCGCCAGGGACUUCCACGAGUAUCUGGAACCUCUGUACAAUGAUGAUCGAAACCUUAGGGUCCAGAACCGAAACGGAGACUUUGAAUCAAUGCGCACAAAUGAGUUUAUCCACCAACUGCUGCACAGCGAGCGAAUCUGUGAUAUCUGGCUGCCCCGGCUCCAGAAGCGCCAAGUCCUGGAAGAAACUGGCCCACCGGAGCUUCCAGUCAGCGUCCUGGGGGAGGAGACGGAGGAUGUGAACUCCCUUGAGGAAGAAGACAUGCACCAAGGCCAGCUAGAAACGAAUCCAUCCGGGUAUCAUCGCUGGCAAAGCUACAGACACCGGGACAGAGGCUCCCUGGAACCGCGCUACAGCGGAAGCGAAAGCCCGUCUCCGAAAAGGAGGAAAGGAGUCGUCUGUUGGGAAAUAUCUCACAGCAGGAAUCCGAGGCCCUACUGGAGUCGAUCCCGGGGGUGGAACAGGAAUCCGAGGCCCUACUGGAGUCGAUCCCGGGGGUGGAACAGGAAUCCGAGGCCCUACUGGAGUCGAUCCCGGGGGUGGAGCAGGUCCCCACUCGGUGCUGGUGGCUGGCUCGGAGCCGAUUCCCCUCUCGAUGCUGAUCCCAGGCUCGGAGAAGAUCGGAACCACCGCGCCACUGUUCCUUAGCAAAGUCCUGAUCGCCAGCCAAGCCACAGACAUAUCAAAGUCCCCUAAAACGUUGAAGAAAAGGCACAGAAAGAGUAG